AUGACGAAUCUCGAGCAUCCACGCCCGGGCACCGUCGCCGAGGAGGGUGAAGAAAAAACUAGCUUCCCGACGGCCGACGGCAAGUACUUCGUCUCGAAGCUUCAAUACGCGUCCGGCGACCAGACGUACCGCUGGUACGAUUAUGGAGGACAUAAAAACGUCUUCACGCAGGAGCAGACGCAGGGCGCCUGGUAUAUUUUGGACAGCGCGACGAAUGCCUACACAAACUUUGACUGGGUGACAGGAGCGGCCGAGGAGCCGGAAAUCAAGGACCCAACCAUCGCCGCCCGCGUGGCCGCCGAGAGCAACGAGCACGUCAUCUACGCAAAAAUGAGCAGCAGCCUGCCCGUCAAGGUGGACAGCUACAACCGGAUGAUCAUGCCCUUCAACAAGUACGGCCAAUCGCUGGUGCCGCGCCGCGAGGACGACGGCACCCCGAUCUACCCAGCCGUCAAGGGGAAAGAGCCGCUGUUUGCCUUCGAUUUGACGACGCAGAAGCCCGAUUUUCUCUACAACGAAGAGGGGAUUCCCGUCGUGCCCAUCAACGAGGAGGGGCGCCCGAUCGUGCCGACCGAUGACUGUGGCGCCGUAUUUCCCAUCGACAUGGCGGGCAACUUGAUCUGGCCGAUUGGCGAGGAUGGGAUGCCGUAUCCGCCGCUGGACGUCAAGGGCAAGCCGUCCAUCCGGAAUGAUCCGAGUGGCCAGCCCCUCCUCCCCUACGACGAGAACGGCGAGCAGCUCAUCUUCUUUGAACAGGACGACACCCCGAUCACGGCCCACUACUUUUUCUCGACGUACACGAAGGAGCAGGCUGACAAGUGGGGAGGCGGAAGGUUACCCCCGCGCCUCGUGGUCCCACAGAAGCCGAAAAAGCUCGAAAUCGACCCCUACAACUUGGAUCCGAUGACCCUGAUGAAAAAUCGUCCUGCCGGGGAGACGGUGGCCGCUUCAGACCUUCCCGACAUCCCUCCACAAUAUGCCAUGUCGAUCGCCCGCCACGCUCAGAAACUUUCCGAGAAGAUCGAGCUCAGCCACGCGAUUGAGGAGCAGCAAGCCGAGCGGGAGCUGGAACUCCGCCGACAACAGGAGCUGAAAAAGCAAGCCGAGCUCGACGCCAAGGAGGAACAGGCGGCUCGCGAGGAGGAGGAGCGCAAGAAGCGUCUCGCCGUUUUGCUAAAGUCAAAUAAGCAGAAAGAGGGCGAGAAGGUGAGCCUGGUCGCCGAGCUGCGUCGUGAUAAGCUGCUCGAGAAGGAAAGGCCUAAAGCAAACGCGCUGGAGGAUGUCAAGAAGUUCCUGGAGAGAGAGGGACCGCCGCCCAAGAGACGCUACAGGGACUACGACCGGGAUCGCGACGACUACCGCAACCGCUGGGAGUACGACGAGCGCCGCGACUACGACAACAAGGACUAUCGACGGCGGGAUGAUCGGGAUUAUGAUGAAGACCGGCGCCGUGGUGACUACCGCUCGAAGGGUGGGCGUAGAAGGGAGGACGAGGAUCGCGACUACAAGAAGCGGUCCCGCUCGGGAAGUCGAGAGGACGAGCCCCGAAAUCGGCGCCAGCACAGCGACUCCGAAGAGGAAGGGCGUGAGCCGCGCAGAUCGAAGAAGCAAAAGAAGAGGACUAGGAGAGAUUCGAGCGACGAGGACAGCCGGAAACGUCGCAGCGACAGCUCUACGCCCGAGCAUAGCCGCCGACGACGCGACGACGACGAUUCGGACGGUGAUCGGCGGCCCGCCAAAUAUGCAAAGGGGCCUCGCGAGAAGGGCAGGAGCCGCUCAUCGUCCCGGGACUCUGCUCGAUCAAACGAAGCCCGCGAA